CUUUGUCUGCCCCUUCUCUCAUAUGGGCGUCCUGCGUCCUCCAAGCCCAUUAUCUUCUUCCGAGUCACAACUUCAUGUUGCAUCUUCUUUUCCUUUCGUCUCUUUUCCCUUUCUCGUCUCAGUCAUUCAUUCGAAUAUUCUGUGCUGUGCUGCCGUCUCCCCCUUUCCUAUCACUGAUCCUCCUCAUUUCUAUUGUCCGAACAAAGCCAAUGAAGCGUUAUGUCUUUUAGCAAUAUGAAUCAGACCAGCAGCGCAUACUCGGGACCUCUGCCUCGAGGCCCCAAACUUCCUCGCCUGCCGAUGGACAAGAGACACCGGCCUCUCAUCACACCCUCCGACCCCGAAUGGCUGCCGGUGGAACAGGAAUUCAGGGAACUACUAAAUUAUCCCUCCGUCACCAUCGGCCAAGUCCUGGACGAGUACUUCACGCCGCACGAGAAGAAGCUCAUGCUCCCCGCCGUCGUGCCUGCGAGCCUAGCCAAGGUCCAGGCCGAGAACACGGAAAGGUUCAAGAGGCUGCUUGCCGUCAGGUUCCGUGGCCAUACCAUCACCCUCGCCACCAAAUUCGCAAUGCUCUGGUUCGGACUCCCCGUGGAGCCGGUCCUGCCGCAGCUCUUCGACCAUGCCAGGUAUCAGGUCGACGUCAACGACGACCUGGGCCUCCAGGAGAUCGAAGUCCGCCCGCCCCUGCAUUUCCUCACCGCCCAUGACCAGCGCAACUACGGCAAGGACGAACUUAGGGGCAGGGAAUCGGGCUUCAGUACAAUCCCCGUCCCCGCAUCUACCUUGCACGGGUCCAAUGAGGUGCCUCGGGGUCUUUCCCUUCGCGGCGGCGGCGGCGAUGACGAUGGCGACAACGACGACGAGGAGGAGGACGGGGACGGGGACGGGGACGGGGAACCCAUUUCUAUUUCCAGUGGUGUCGACUCCGAAAAUGUGACCAUGUCUGACGACGUGGAAGUCGAGGCAGAUGCGGAUUCGGACGAACACCAGGUAGAUCCGGGUUCACAAGAUGACGAUGAAGACGAAGCUUCGACUGACGAGGACGAGGACGAGGGCCACACUAUCACUCUGUAUGGUUACCAAGGUCGUAUCCAAGUUGACGCGAAUCAACGACAAUCCGCCCAAGCCGCAAUCGCGUCGCUUUUGUGCCUACGUCCCACCGAGAAUGCCGAGGUCAUCUUGCGCAAAUUCGACAUGGAUACCAACCGAGUCGAAAAGACCCUCGGCUUCUUCGGCUACCAGACAGCCCCUAACGAGGCGAUCGACUACAUCCUUGAAAACGAUCCCUAUGAGUACGCGUGGUUCGUCCAUCGCGGCGGCGAAAACGCCCCUUCUCAUUAUCAGCCUCAAGACGCCACGGCCGGCACCGUUAUCGAACUCGCCUUGGAUUGUAAACAUGAUCGCGUGGCCUACUGGAGACAGCCUUCUAGCGAAGUCCUCGCCCCCGGCGACAUGCAGCGGCAUUUCGCCUUCAACCACUUCAUGCCGUUCCUCAAGACGGCCCAAGACGUGCUUUUCGGAUAUCCCGAAAGGGGAGAAGUCAAAAUGCACGCCAAUGUCAGCUACUAUAAUCCGGACACGGAGGAAAAGUCGGCUCCCUGGUACAGCGGUCUCUCUAUGGGCUCGGAUUUUCUCCACUGGGCCAUAUCUCCCCCACCCGAAGAGACACGCGAGCUGGUCGUGGCAUGUGAGGGCUUCGAACAAGGCGAAGUCGUCUUCCAUGUGCCUGGACAUAUCGAGACGCAGGGGCUAUACAAGAGUCAGUCGCCGUACCGCGAUCGUCUGGUUCGUUUGAGGGAGCUGCGCAACCGUGUCUUCCCCGCCGACAACAUCCGCAAGUUCCUGAUCUGGCGCGGCGUCGACUACUACUGGACGCCCAAUCCCCACGCCGUUGCCCGGCCCCUGACCUGGGAUCCCAGGGAGAAGAGUGGGCCGGCAACCAUGCAAUUUGCGCGGUCGUUACGUGAGUUCGUAAGCGACUACGCCGACCAGUAUGGCGAUGCCGCCCUUUUCCUCGUCCUCCAGCCCUUGUACGACGAGACGGAAGACGCCCAAGGCGUUGCCCACACGACUUCGAUCCUUCGGUGCCUCGGGCCCGAGGGGGGCAUAGGUCGUAAGCCACUGCCGGAGGAAUUGUCCAGCACGAAGGAGUUCUUGCGCAUCUUUCUCGAGGCAUACAAGGAGGGCUCCACGAACGGUAGCCCCGAAUUGGACUUAAGCCAGACGCAGAUCAUGUUGUGGCAGGGCCAAGACGAGAAUUCUGAUACAUCGGGAAAUGCCUGGGAGUCUCACGUCUUUAUUGUCGAUCAGAAUACGGAGAACUCAGAGAUGGCCCUGAUUCGACGGCUGCUCGUGGGACGGGUCAUCGAUUGCGCUAUCGUCGGAAACUCUGAAGGAUAUGUGGACGAUUUUAUUCAGCGCCUGAGAGAAGACGGUGACGGGGCACAAACGGUCUGGGGCCCCCGGUAUGGUAUGAUCGACGGGUGGCGGCGUGAAAAGAUCGGCCUGAAAGACAUCGCCGACGGUAAACAUCCCUCGACGAAUCGACUGAGACAGGAGUAUGAGGAACGCAGGCGGGCAGAGGAGGCCAGACGACAGGCCGAGGCUCAAAAGGCCGCCAACAUCGAUCCCACGACCUCGAAUACCUCGAGUCUCCGGGAAAUUUCCUGGGCUAGGCCGCUCAGCAUCUACGACUCGGGCACCUAUAACCCUUCCAUCCCCAUCAACGCCCCCCCUGUGGAGCAGAUGCUGCGAACGGGAGGCAGCGGAGUCCCCAUGGUGUCCAAGGGACUGCUCACCCCGACGGAGCAGCGGCAGCUGCUCAAAGAGUACAAUGAAAUGCGCAAUCUGAACAUCCAGCGCAUCUACUUCUGUCAGUACCGCCACCAGGGGUGCAAGUUCACCUACCGUGUGGAUGAUCACGAGGCCAUCAAGGAGCACCUGGAGAAGAAGCAUAUUGCGUUCAGGUGUCCCUGGUGUCCUGAUCCCCUGUACGAAUACCAAACCCCCGAGCAGAGGCGACGGCAUUUCAAAGAGAAACACGGGGAUGAGCUGAGAGCCAUCAUGGACGUACAACAGUCACAGCAGCUGCUGCAAGUCCGGCAGAAACAGCUCCCCUCAUCGUCAGCCCUGGGAUCGGGUGCUGGCAACCAAGGCCAGCAAGACAUCAGAACUCAGUUGAAGGAGAUUUUCGCAAAACCGCGAUCCAUUUUCGAGCAACCAGUCAACCGCCCCAACGGUGUAUCCAUCGCACCCUCGCCGCCCGCGAGGGCCAACUCCAAGGAGUCGGAGUUCUACUACUGCGACCGUUGCGGCCGGGACCACAGAGAGCUUACGGACGCAGCUGACCGCGCGCAUCAUGAUCGCCGGUGCGUCCCGCAAGCCGAAGGCGCAGGGCACUGCACCUUUUGCGAGGCUUGUGGCGACUACGUCUGGAACACAGAAGAGGACGCCGCCCGGUGGGAGCCGUACGCCCAACACCCGCAUGGCUGCAAGGGUAUCUCGCACCCGGGGAAGCCGCACUGCACGAAGUGCGGGCUUUCAAUGGCCAAGUUCAGCGACGAGUACGUCGAAAAGCACCGGACGCUCUGCCAAGGGUUCGGUGGCGAACUCGGCUGCUUCUGCCCUUACUGCCAUGUGCCCCUCGAGAAGGCACCGGCCGCCGACCAGUACGAGCAUGACGAAGCCAUUACUGAGAAGACUGCACACAUCAAGGCCUGCCGCGAUACCAACGUGCCCGCGCAGUCCAAGGUUCACGAAGGGUCCAUGACGCCGUUCGACCUUUACCCUGCCGAGUAUUGGGCGGAGCCGGUCCGGCCGCAUGACUCGCUCUACGACGGGCCGGUAGCCGCCAAGAACCGGGUGCGACCCAAGGCCUGGCGUCCGUCGCGACGUCUCCGGUAUCCCCUCGCCUGGUACGACAGGCCUGGGCCCAACGCCAAGGCUGACCCGCCCAUCGACUGCCCGCAGUGCCGUUACCCGUUGAUUGGCCUCCGGCCGUUGGAAAUUAUCCGCCACUUUGAGGAAGCGCACGGACCGGGACCGCUCCAGGCGUGCCCUUUCUGUGACCUGUCGUUCAGAGAGCGGCAGGGUAACGGGGCGGGCCAGGAAGGGGAAAUCACCUCCCGGAGGAACCAGGCGCUGCACAUGGAGUGUCACAUCUUCGAGCUGUGGUCGCUGCUCGUGGCGCAAAAUCCGGGCGCUGCUAACGACGUGCAGGUGCCCCGGCCGCAACCGACCGAGGCGCCUUUUCCCCGGCACCAUCCGCUGUAUAAUCCGGAGGAGGUCGGCUUGGACCGCCGCCAUAAGCGCUGCCCUCUGUUCCACAUAUGCGGCGCCAUGGUUGGCUUCAUGACGGCCGAGCAAUGGGCAACGCACAUGAAACAAUCGCACGGCAGCGAGGACUUUUCCAUUGCCACCGACGCGGAGAUUGCAGCGCAGAAGUGGACGAUUGAAAGGGCCCUGAGGCUAUGGGGUAACCCGGGCGGAAUACCAGGGAAUCAGUCCGGCAACGCUCCUCAGGGGCCACAGGGUGACCCCCCGCUCAGUACCCCGCCUGUAGUCGCACCGGUGAAUGCGCCGGUCACCCCCCAGCCAGCUCCUCCUCCGGUCACACCAGUAAUCACUGGUCAUGGACAUGACGACCAUGGUCAUAUUCUUGUCGACCAGUACGGCAACUUUGUGCCCAGCGAGGACAUGUACUGCUCCCGGUGCCUCCGCAAAGUCCCCAAGAAGUCGGGUGUCAAGGCGGGCGAACCGUCGUGGCGAGAGCAAAUCGAUGCGCACUCGGACGCAGCUCGCAGCUGCCGUGUUCGAAAGCAACUUGGAACGGUAACGAUAUUCCCCGACGGCACGAACGAUCUGCCCAACCGCACAGGAUGGAUCCACAAACCGGACCUUCCCGGACAGCUGAAACAGCUUCGGCGGGAUUGGGUUGCAAAGCAUGAGGAGUACAAGGGGACGGUUUACCCCACGGACGGCCACUGGGAUCGGACGAUGACGGUGUGGAAAUAUGACCCGAAUCACCCCGAUAACGAGGCGAACUGGGGCCUUCCGUUCCCGCUGGACGGCGAGACAGAAGACGACGACGACGACGACGGGGCAGAAGAUGAACAUGGAGGCGAGUCGGGGGAUGAUCCGAGAGACAAACCGACUGGCAGCGGUGGAGGACCUGGAGGGCCAGCUGGUAAAGGGAAUCCCGGGGCGGGCGCUCCGGGGGCAAUACCUGGUUCGCACGGGGGUCCCAAAAAGGGGACCAAAGGAGCCGCCACCAAAGGAAAAUCUCCCGGGAAACCAAGCCCAGGGACGAAAAAGAAGAAUACUCCUACGUUGUCUGGUCCAAAGACAACUUCGCAGGGGGGAAGCGCGUCGAAGAAGGGGAAGAGCGGGGGUACCCCCAAGACGAAGGGACAGCAGAAAAAGAAGAGUGGUGGGCCACACCAGGCAAAGAAAUCUGCUGUCCAGGAGGAAGAGGAAGAGGAGGAGCAGCAAGAAGAAGAAGAUGACACACCCGAGAAGCCGAGAGGAACCGAGGGGGGUGAGGGAGACGUGAGCGAGGUCGGGAACCUCGACUUGGACCACAACAAUACCAAGAACGCUGGCGACGCGGACGAAGAGAUGGAGGAAGAUGUUAUGGGGAGCAGCAGCAGCAACAGCAGCAGAAGCGGGAGCGGGAGCGAGGGCAGCGAGGGCAGCUAUGAGAGCUACGACGAGGAUGACGAAGGCGGGGACGGUAAGAAGGGCGGCAAGAAACGCAAGCGGCACUCCAAAGACCCGACGUACAAGCCCAACAAGAAGUUGAUGGCUAAGGAGGCGCACCAGGAGGUGCUGGACACGGCAGAGAUGGUGAGUGAGUUGGUGGAGGAGGCCGCGGAGGUGGAAGGGGGAGGGGAGGGGGAGGCAGGGGAAGAGGAGGGGCACCCCGCGAAAAAGGCGAAGAUACAGACGGAGGAGGAGUUUGUUGUUCCGGAUGUGCCGGGCCAGGCGGCGGUGACGGUGAAGGGUCCGGCGAAGGGUCCGGCGAAGGGUCCGGCGAAGAGUCCGGCGAAGUAGGGGAAGGGCGGAGCGGGUGGAUGGGAUCGUGUGAUAGAUGGUGGCGUUUGAUGAUAGAUCUUGCUUUGGUUGGGUUGUUAAGUUUUGUCUGUCCGUAUUUGUCUCUUUCUUUAGUCUCUCUAGAAGUUGAAGUUAUAUUUCUUUUCCCUAUGCCAGUAUAGUGGAGUUUGAGCCCAUCUAACACAUCUCAAGAAAGUCGAUUGCCCGGUGGUAUUGUAUUGUGUUAGUCGAGCUGUACAUGUACGGGGUGAAUCUCACGAGGCCUCAACUG